AUGACUUUCUUCAAGUGCACGCUCAGUCUCCUCGUCCUCCUCGUGGUCUCUGACUGCUCCUGGGCUGAAGAGAAGGAACUGUCAGUCUCUGAGCUCCUGUGGAGAGCCAACAAAGAUGUUGUGCACACAGAGGAGGAGCCUUUAGUCAUUGAUGACAUCGCUUAUGACAACGAAAAUGAGAGAAACGCUGAUCCCUGCACCUCUCGCGGGUGCAUGUGGGGAAAAUCCAGCGAUGGAAAGGUCUAUGUGCCUUACAUCAUCGCGUCACAUUACUCUUCUCGUGAGCGCUCCAUCAUUGAGCGUGGGCUGGUGUCCUUCCACGAUGUCUCCUGCAUUCGCUUCAUCAAACGUUCCAACCAGAGAGACUACCUGAGCAUCAAGUCCGACAAUGGCUGUUACUCCUAUGUUGGGCGCCGUGGUUAUUCCCAGACGGUGUCUCUGGACCGCCAGGGCUGCCUCUACCACAGCACCGUCCAGCACGAGCUGCUCCACGCCCUCGGAUUCAACCAUGAGCAGUGUCGCUCCGACAGGGACCAGCACAUCCGCAUCCUGUGGGAGAACAUCCAGUCUGGUUGGGAAUACGCCUUCGACAAGAUCAACACUCUGAACCUGAACACCCCCUACGACUAUAACUCUGUCAUGCAGUACCACAGGUAUGCCUUCUCCGGGAACAAUAAGCCAACUAUGGUUCCUAUUCCCAACGCCAACGUUGAAUUCGGCACGGCCACUCAGAUGAGCAGGAAUGACAUCAGCAGACUGAACAAGCUGUGA